AUGAACACUCCACCAGAGUCUCGCGGUGACAAUUCUGAACCCCCACACGCAGCUCCUCGCCCCCCUGUUCUAGACAGCAAGCCUUGGGUCAGGUAUCGAGUCCAGUAUCGUUCGCACACUACCAACGAGCUGCUUGAUCAAAAGGAUACUCGAGAUCCCAGCGACAAGAUUUGGUGCACCGACGAGACUGAGGUCGGUGAUGGACCAGCUUUUGAUAUCAUCAAGACCAUCAGGACCCAAGAUCCAGAGCGAGACAAGCUGGGCCACGGAGGAACUGAACCUAGUCGACUCCCGGUAACGCUAUCUCCGAGCUAUUCCAUCCGCAUCCACUCCCCGCAAAUCAUCAAUGCAGUCCAAUCGGUAGUCAAAUACUAUCCCAGUCAAGACCUUGCCGGAAGCCCGGUCGUCGUGCAGUGGCCUUAUGCAGUUCUGGUCCAUCACUAUGACGAAUUGCACGAAUUUGUCGCCUCGGUUAAUGAGCUAGAGCCGGAGAAGCGCUGCAAUCGCGAGCGCAACGUAGGGGAACACUUGCAAUUGCUGUUUGACUAUCUUGAAGAGAGCGUCAUGCCUAGUGUUCGUGAGGAACGGGAACGAAAUUCUCGCGGUUACUGCACUUUUGAGUGGCUUUGGGUGCCCCUAAAACCAGGCAAAACUGAAUACGCCGCUCUCAAAGGCUGUCCUGAGCGCCAAGCGUAUGUAAUUCAUUCUCUGAAACAAGGCUCAUUUGUUAAUCCGUCCAUGGACUGGAGAACAACUUAUUGGUCAUUGAACUUCGAUGGCGAACGUCUUGGACGACAAUUAACCGUCUUGACAGUAUCACAAUGGGAUGGUGAAACCUUGCUUGCACGUACAGGUCGAAUAAUAGAGUUUCCCGAGGACUUGGAAGGGGACGAUGAGGCGCUUGCCGAUACAAACUUUGACGAUGAUGUUAAGCAGCGUAUCCAAGAUGGAGGCAUUUACUGGAAAUUGCUCAGGAAACAAUGCCAAUGGUAUAGCGGGAAAACGGUAGACUUCCCUUACAACAACAUAGAGACUAACGUCAUGAUCGAUGCUGAAGCCUAUUUAGACACAUUCAAAGGGUUAAGACCAACUCUUAUGGGUAUCGACGAUCUAAGAUUUGGGAGAUCAGACUGCACCUGCGAGGUUUGCAAAACACGACACAGGAGUGGCCAUGAUGUUGAUGCUCUGUAUAAUGGCUACAACGAUCUGUACACUAUUGAUGGGGAUGAGUUGAGUUGGCAUCAGAGGUUUCUCUGCCCCGGAACCAUUGCGGGAUUCGUCUUUCGAACAAGGACAUGGGGUGAGCCGAAGUUCCACGGCGUGUUUAACAGUCAAAUGAUCGGGAGUCUUGUAAUGGAGCCCGUCCAGCUUAUGAGACUCAAAGCCCUAACUCAGAGCUUUUCCCGCAUUGACAAGGAUGGCAACAAGCUUGUUCAUCCGCCUUGGAGUGCUGACUUUGUUAAGGGCAAGGGUCAAGGUCUAAUUUUCCUUCUCCAUGGGAGGCCCGGGGUAGGCAAAACUUGUACCGCCGAGUCUAUUGCCGAGUUUAUGAAGAAGCCAUUGAUGGUAUUGACCAGUAGUGACAUCGGUACCGAUCCCGUUGAAGUGGAGCAGAACCUCACUCGGGAGUUCAAGAAGGCUAAGAGCUGGGAAGCCGUACUUCUUAUAGACGAAGCAGAUGUUUUCAUGGAGCAGCGAUCGACAAAAGACUUGGAGCGAAACAGAUUUCUUCGAGCUCUCGAAUUCUAUGACGGGAUCCUAUUCUUGACCACUAAUCGAGUAGGCACAUUUGAUGAUGCCUUCAUAUCCCGGAUUCAUAUCCAGCUAUACUAUCCCGACUUUACAGAUGAACAACGUCAACAAGUAUGGCAGACUUUUGUUGACAAAUUGAAACGGGACUGUGGAAGUUACAUGAAACUUGAUUACAAUGCCAAGCGCUACCUCAAGUCCCCAGAGGUUAAAGCCAUCAAGUGGAACGGCCGUGAUAUUCGCAAUGCCUUUCAAACAGCCGUCUCAUUGGCCGAGUUUGAUGCGGAAAAAGACGAGGAUGGAAAGAUACUAGUGACUGAAGAACAUUUCCAGGCUGUGAUGGCGUUGUCGAGUGAUUUUAAAGAAUAUCUUGACGAGUUGCAUAAGAAAGAUGAGGCACAGCGGGCAGCUUUCAAGCACGAAAGGUAUGAUAAUUUUACGAAAGAGGACUAG